UACUCGUAACUAAUAAAACUAUUUAUUCAUAUAGUAUUAUAUGAAGAACAUGGUUCAAUGAAUUAAAAAAUAAUAUGGUUUAUUCUAUCACUAACUACUAACAUUCCUCCCCAAAUUUGUUCUCUUACAUAAGCUUGCUUUCUUACAUGCAUGUUUGUGUAUAUAUAUCCCACAAAUUGUCUUUCCCAUUUCACCAUCAAGAAAUUCAAAUACCUCACCCCACAUUUAUUUUUGAACUCGUUCUGUAUUAUAUUAACUUAUCUUAUCUCGUGUCAUGUCACAUCUUCUCUUCUUAUUUUCUCUCUUUAUCCUUCUCCCCCGCAGUAUAAUUGCUGCAGGGGGAGGCCGAUGGCAACUCUUACAAAAAAGCAUUGGCAUUUCGGCCAUGCAUAUGCAACUCCUAAACGAUGACCGUGUCAUUAUUUACGAUAGAACUGACUUCGGCCCUUCAAACCUCACCCUUGCCAACGGCAAAUGCUUCAAAAAAGAUUGCACAGCCCACUCCGCAAUAUACAACUCUAUAUCCAACACGUUUCGGCCCCUCACGGUGUUAACCAACAAUUGGUGCUCCUCCGGCGCCACCCUCCCCAACGGCACCCUCGUACAGAGUGGUGGGUACAGAGAUGGAGAACGCGUGGUUAGAACAUUCCAACCGUCUUGCAAAACAUGUGAUUGGGUUGAAAUCCCUAAACAAUUGUUGCAAAGUCGAUGGUAUGCUACUAACCACGCAUUGCCUGAUGGAAGGAUGAUAAUUGUGGGUGGUACGAAAGCCUUUAACUACGAAUUCUACCCUAAAACACCAUCCUCUAAACUCUUUACGAUGCCCUUUUUAAAGGACACUACUGAUCCUAAAGCCGAAAACAAUUUGUACCCUUUCGUGUUCCUUCAUGUAGAUGGGAAUUUGUUUAUCUUUGCUAAUAAUCGAGCCAUUUUAUUCGAUUAUACUAAAAACGAAGUUGUACGAACGUACCCUACUAUCCCGGGGGGCGACCCUCGGAGUUACCCUAGUACGGGUUCAGCCGUUCUCUUGCCUAUAAAGAAUAUAGAAAUGGGUUCGGAUAAAAUCGAAGCAGAAGUGUUGAUAUGCGGAGGUGCACCCGCGGGGUCAUACUUAAAAGCAUUAAACUCGCACAAGUUUUUGCCAGCUCUAAACACGUGUGCACGUAUGAGGUAUACUGAUCCUAACCCUACUUGGACUAUUGAAACUAUGCCAAUGGCUCGAGUCAUGAGUGACAUGGUGGUCCUUCCCAACGGCGAUGUUUUAAUAAUUAAUGGUGCAGGUAAAGGUAGUGCAGGAUGGGAGUUAGGACGCGAACCAGUCCUAACUCCCAUGAUCUACCACCCAAAUGAAGCUCCCGGAUCAAGGUUCGAGCUACAAAAUCCAGCUACAAUCCCUAGGAUGUAUCAUUCGUGUGCAAUUUUGUUACGUGAUGGACGUGUUUUAGUAGGGGGAAGUAACCCUCAUGCUUACUACAACUUCACCAAUGUGCUCUUCCCUACCGAACUUAGCCUAGAGACAUUUUCGCCACCAUACUUGGAUUCGUCGAAAACACGGCUUAGACCCGUUAUAACCACAAAAAACAUAGGUGGUAAGAUCAAGUACAAGAAAAAUUUUACAAUCAAAUUUUCAGUUAAAGGGUUAAUUAAGCCGGAUUCAAUUAAGGUUACGAUGCUUAGACCACCAUUUAACACACAUUCAUUUUCUAUGAGCCAAAGAAUGUUGGUUUUGACCAAAAAAGGGCCAAUAAUGCCUAUUGGUUUGGGCCAAUAUAAGGUCAAGAUUGUGACACCUAGGUCCACUAACAUAGCACCCCCUGGUUUUUACAUGAUAUUUGUGGUGCACCAAAAUAUUCCUAGUAAAGGAAUUUGGGUUCAACUUACAUGAUUUUUUUUUUUUUUUUUUUUUUUUUAAUAUUCAAAUAAUUGUUGAUUAAUUUCAUUUUGCAAUCAAUCUUGGUUAAUUUUUUAAAUUAAUCACAUGUACUUCCUUUGAUUCAAAUUAAAUAACAAAUUAUCUUAUUUUCUUUUUA